GAAAAAGAGAGAUGCAGAGUCUGCAAGAGAAGGCUUCUGAAUGGAGUGGAGUUCAAACGGCCCAUGCUUUCGCCAUAGACGACAACAAUUUGUUUCACAAGCUCGGCCUUCAAACCUUCGUUAACCUCUCUACCAAUUUCUAUAACAGGGUGUAUGAUGAUGAGGAAGAGUGGUUUCGUUCAAUAUUUGCUAAUUCUGAGAAAGAAAACGCAAUUCAAAACCAGUACGAGUUCUUCGUUCAAAGAAUGGGAGGUCCUCCUCUCUAUUCUCAGAGAAGAGGGCAUCCUGCUCUAAUUGCUCGACAUCGACCAUUUCCUGUCACACAUCAAGCUGCAGAGAGGUGGAUACAUCACAUGCAACAAGCCUUGGACAGUACUUCGGAUAUAGAUGAUGACUCAAAGACCAAACUGAUGAACUUUUUCAGGCACACUGCAUAUUUUCUUGUGGCUGGAGUUGAACUAAAGAAUCAAAACAUGCCAUGCAAGGAUGCAGCCGGAAAUCACCCAUGUAAAAACUUUUAGCAUUUUUCUCUUUGUAAGACAGAGAGAAAAAUGAGAUGUAUGUUUUUCAAUGUUUAUACUUUGUCAAAUCUAUCAAUAACUCUUGAUGCUCCUGUUGUUGUUUGUAUUUUAACGCAUCCUAGACAUAAACUCCUACAACACAAGCACAUACAUAUUUAUAAUUA